CGUCAAAUAAAGCGCAUGUGAUCUAUAGCCGAUAAUUUCAUUGACAAGGAUGGAUGCAGCCGCAUCAUCAGGUGACAUGAAGAGAAACAUGGCUGCUGUAAACCAGAUGGCAGUUGACAUGAUAGUCAAUCAGCGUGCCCUUCCAUACCCUCGAGGCAACCGCUCAAUCAGGCCCAACGGCCGCAAGUACAACUCGUACACCCCCGAAAUGCGCACCCGCAUUGCCAAGUACGCGAUGGUGGCAGGAGACCUGGAGACUGCGCAACACUUUAGCCGUGAAUUGGGACAUAAGGUGGCCGUCACCAGCGUGUGGCGAUUCAGAAAGGCCUAUACCAGGGAGUUGAAAUGGCUCCAUCAGGAAGGGGUGAUCUACCAACCUAAUUCGUACAGCGCGGGGGAUAGACGCCAGGGAGGGGUGCAUAGGAGAGUUGGUGGGAGGAGCCGAGGCGUCGACAUUGCAGAUGCAGUCACUGUUCAGCAAGGACGAGGUGAGCAGAUGGAUAUGGGGGCAGACUGUGACUGGACCCCGCCCACCGAGGCUGAGAUGAAAGUGAUUCAAGCCAAGAAGGAAAGAUCAGACAAGAUCAGUAAACUGAUGGGAGACUACCUACUCAAGGGAUACCGCAUGCUAGCCACCACCUGCACGCAUUGCGGGACGAUUCUGUUACGAGACAAGCAGCAGAAGGAUUACUGUGUGACGUGCAGUGAACUGGCUACAGAGCAUGCCAAGGAUGACCCAGCACUGAGUGCAGAAGCAGCAAGAUCUCAGGUGAGGGAACAAGAAUUGGUGAGGGCCUCUCCCUCAUCCUCAUCAGGAACCGGUGGUGUCUCAGCACAGAACACAGACGACAUGCCCUUCACCAUCACCAACGUUUGCUCAGGUCCUGAGGCCUUGGGCAACCACCAGCUCCAGGGAGCAACCUCCGCUACCGCUCAGAGGAUCCAGCUGCAGUCAUCCCCAUCACCGGCACCUCCACCAACAAACCCUCAAGCUACCGUUCUCCCCCAGACGGCCGGCUCGCUGAUGAACAACACCCAGCAUGCCCCCGCUACCACCACAAUGGGUGCACCAGGAGGAGCCAGAACAUGUGGGGAUCGGAACACAAGGGUUGAACUUGUGAUCGGACAGUCACUAGACUCUGUCUUGGACAAGCUCACGUGGGCUAGUGCAGAGCUUAGAAAGAGCACCUCCGUAGAGUCGUGCACUCAAUUGUGCAGGCUGAUCCAGGCAUGUGCCGAUGCCGCGGACAGUUUGAAAGGGAGUAAUCAAAACUGAAAAAGAGAUCCUGAAAGACUUUGGACCUUCCUGAUCACCCUUGUAUUUGUGUGAAUGAAAAAGAAUACUAUCAGCCAAA